GUGUUCCUGAGAGACCUUACGUUUUGUACCAGCUCCGCCCAGCAAAUCAGCUGACGCUACACUGGCUGUGUUGUGACAGGAAAACGGAGGAACGGACAGAGGAGAGCGGAUGUGACUUGAGAUGGAAAGCUCAAGGGAGAAGAAGCCCUGGGGUAAACUGAGCCCAUUGCUGGGAUCAGAGACAGAGUCAGCAUCUGAGCUCUUCCUCUGCAAAAAGGAAUGGACCAUAGGACGGAAAAAAGCCUGUGACCUCUCCUUCCCUGGCAACAAGCUGGUGUCUGGGGAACAUUGUAAAAUUACUGUGGAGGAGAAAUCUGGGCAUGUUUUUUUAGAAGAUACCAGCACAAAUGGCACAGUGAUUAAUAAACUCAAGCUAGUGAAGAAACAGACCUGUCCCUUACAGAAUGGAGAUGUUAUUUACCUUGUUUAUAAGAAAAAUGAACCGGAGCAAAAUGUUGCAUAUCUCUAUAAGUCGUUGAACUCGUCAUCAGACAAUUUGCAGGAACCAGUAGAUACCUCAGGUGACGAAAGAGGGGAUGAGACACAAUUAUUAUCCUCCCAGCUGUCCUAUGAGGAACCUCAAACAUCUUAUGAGGAGCCACAGCCUUCCACCUCAACAUCCAACUUCUUCAGCACACCCACUACCUCUUCCAAUGAGCCAAACACAGAUCCGCAACAGUCCACCACAGCACCUGAAUCUGCAGGACGGAUUGAUCAUGCACAGAAGCUGCCAGUAGAUCUGGGGGCGCCUGGCUUUUUAUCUGAGACCAGUCAGUCGGUGGGAUCUGUGUUUCCUGGGCUGACCUCUCCAGCAUCAGAUGAUGAUGCACAUCCACCAAGAAAAAAAAUAAGAACAGAUGAGGACUACCCAGCUACCCAAACGCCAGCACAAUCUCAGCGUUCCAAAGGACUCCCUGAGGAUGUCAAAACAUCCAUUGUGAAGCCGGACAAGAUGGAAGAGACUCUGACUUGUAUAAUAUGUCAGGAGCUGUUGCACGACUGUGUCAGUUUGCAGCCCUGUAUGCACACCUUCUGUGCUGCCUGCUACUCUGGCUGGAUGGAUCGCUCUUCCCUAUGUCCCACCUGUCGCUGUCCUGUCGAACGCAUCUGCAAAAACCACAUUCUGAAUAAUUUGGUGGAAGCAUAUCUGCUUCAGCACCCAGAUAAGUGCCGUAGUGAAGAAGAUCGACGCAGCAUGGAUGCGCGCAAUAAGAUCACACAAGAUAUGCUGCAGCCCAAAGUGCGCCGCUCAUUCUCAGAUGAGGAGGGUAGUUCUGAGGAUCUGCUGGAACUUUCAGAUGUUGACAGCGAAUCGUCUGAUAUUAGUCAGCAAUACACUGUGUGCAGACAGUGUCCAGGAUACGGUAGGCAUAACAUGCAGAUCCCGCCUUACCCCCAGCCACCUCCUUCCCAUGAGGCAGAAGCUUCACGUGCAGUAGGGGAUGCUCCUUCUACCUCUGCUAACUUUCCAGCAGUUGUCCAGGAAUAUGUGUGUCCAGCCCAAGGAAGUCACAUCAUCUGUACUUGCUGCUUUCAGCCCAUGCCAGACCGGAGGGCAGAGCGAGAACAGAAUUCCCACGUCGCACCACAACAAUGCUCUAUAUGUUUGCAGCCCUUUUGUCACAUGUAUUGGGGAUGCACCAGAAUGGGCUGUUUUGGGUGCCUGGCUCCAUUUUGUGAGUUAAAUCUAGGAGACAAAUGUUUGGACGCAGUGCUCAACAAUAACAACUACGAGUCGGACAUCCUUAAGAAUUACCUGGCAUCCAGGGGUUUAACGUGGAAGGAUCUUUUGAAUGAAAGUUUGUCUGCUGUUCAGAGAGGAGUUUUCAUGCUUCCAGAUUACAGGAUAAACGGAACCACAGUCCUCUGCUACUUCUGUGGCCUACGAAACUUUAGAGAUUUAACCUACCAGUACAGACAAAACAUCCCAGCUACUGAGUUGCCAGCAGCAGUUGCAUCUCGUCCUAACUGCUACUGGGGGCGGAACUGCAGAACUCAGGUGAAAGCACACCAUGCCAUGAAAUUCAACCAUAUCUGUGAACAAACCCGUUUUAAGAACUAAGACUUCUCCUGCAUCGCCCAGCAUGGGUCUGGAGCGUGCACGUGCCACGUGUGAGGAACCCAGGCUAAAGACUGAUGUUUCUAUCCUCUCAUCUGCGGGAAGGAGUGUGAGAACUAACAAAGCCUCACACUGGCUGUAACCACAAAGUGUACUUUAAACCUCCUUCCAGUUUCAUACAUCUGCGGUUGUGGUUUUUUAACUUGCAGACAUAAUAGAACAUGUAGCAUAAAGCUGCAUUGGUCUGCUACCCAGUGGGACUAUUGAUAAUACAUUUUUACUAAGCACUGCAAGUUGCAUCUGAUGCUGCACCAUUCCCAUAGAAGGACUUGCAUACCGGACUUUAUUAUGUCUUCUGGUAGGUGCUGAGCUGCAAUAAUUAAGCAUUGCUAAAGAUAGUAGAGACUAUAAUUUAUAGAUUUUUUUUGUCCUUUUAGCCCUCCCAUCUUUGAAUACCCAAGUUUAUAUUGAAAAACCUGCUUGGAUCAUUUUUCUACAAUUCAGAUGGCUUCCAGCCCUUACUUUGCACUUAGUGGUGUGCAUCCUAUAUGACUGACCUGCAUAUCUCUCUCCCGGAUUAUUUUCAUGUUGUUGCUAAAACGUUUAUCAAACACAAGGCACAAAAUGUCAAUCUGCACCAUCCACUUAACCCACUCACUAUACUGUAAAAUUGUCUUUACCUUAAUGUGUUUCCAAUGACUUGUUAUACCAGCUGCAGAUUUUAAAAUGUAUGAUAAAUUGUUCCUUUAGGUUUGUUUUUAUAUUUUAAAUGCUGGUUUUGUUGUUUGAAAGUACAACCCAUCAAAAUGUGUUUACAGGGAUAUCAGAUACCCAUAAUUUAUCAAUUUGUACACACACACGGUUCUUUUUUUUAUUAUUUAUGUAAACAAAAGCCCAAUACUUAGAACAAUUGAAAAUUAACAUUUUAUUGCUUAUCUCUUCUGCCUCCUACUGGGAGUGUAAUUUCUUCCUCUGACUAUGUUUACACAGGUUUUCUUUAACCUAUAAUUAAAUAUAGAAACUUUCUGAAUAGGUAGGGAUAACACAGGAAAAAUCGGUUAUUUUAAAUGUCAAAAUAAAGUUAAAAAAGAUUGAUUUGUAAACAAUUUAUUACACUCCAGCAGGUAAAAUGGAUCAUUCAAAAGUGGAGAAAAAUUUAGAAUAAACUGUCCCUUUAACUUGUGUUGAUAAAAAAUUUGGCAUAGAAGGUGCUAUGUAAAAUUGUUAGUAUGUCUAGUAUUUAAUAGGAGUAAGACUUCCCAACAUUAAAUGACCAAGAUCUCUGUUAACCUCUGCCAAUAUAUGCUGAGGCUACAAAAGCACUAGAUUAGUUAAAUUCAUCCCACAUAAAAUGAUUAUGCCAAUCUCAAUCACUGAGCAGAAAUGCUAGAACAAAGCAGUUUGCCAUCCUUCGCUCUCUGUAGAUAGAUUUGUGCUGAACAACAGCCAAGUCUUAAAUGUCUAGACACAAGGAAGGCAGGUAGGGAAAUACAAUCAAAAAGGUGCUUGUUUUUUAUAUACCUAUAAGGCAAUCAUGUUCUUUACAGGUUAACUGGUAUGUGUUGGUUCCUGGGUUUAAAUUUGAACAUCUACUAGCCAUACUAUACAUAUGUAAUAAAAAAUAAACAUACUGCAGAAAAUUCACAA